CAGCUCUUUGGGAGGUAAUGUCCUCCUUUUGCAGUUGACAAAAUGAGAUGAAGACUCACGGAGGCUAAAGUUAACAAUACUGCAUUGUACGUUUAAAAGUAGCUGAGCAAGUAGAUGUUACUUCGAGGUAAAAACAACGAGGUGACGAGACAGAGAGGAACUCUCCCAAGAUCACGAAGGAGGUGGGAUUCCAACGCCAACGCCAGAGCCGUGAGGAGCGUGCGGCCCGGCCUCUGCAUUUGUUAGGACGUUCCGGUGGCCCACACCCGCAAUGGAAGAGUUAAUAGUUGAACUUCGUCUCUUUCUUGAACUCCUGGACCACGAGUAUCUCACCUCAACUGUCAGGGAGAAGAAGGCAGUCAUCACAGACAUCCUGCUGAGGAUACAGUCAACCAAAGGUUUGGAAGUGAAGGAUCAUGCCAUGAAGCCGGAGACCCCCAGCAGCCUGCCGGCCCCUCCCCAGAUGCCUUUGCCCGAGAUCCCACAGCCGUGGCUGCCACCCGACAGUGGGCCGCCACCGCUCCCAACGUCCUCUCUCCCGGAAGGCUACUACGAGGAGGCCGUGCCCCUGAGUCCCGGGAAAGCUCCAGAGUACAUCACCUCAAAUUAUGACUCGGAUGCGAUGAGUAGCUCUUAUGAAUCAUAUGAUGAGGAGGAGGAGGAUGGGAAGGGGAAGAAGACGCGGCACCAGUGGCCUUCGGAGGAAGCCUCCAUGGACCUGGUGAAGGACGCCAAGAUCUGUGCCUUCCUGCUGAGGAAGAAGCGCUUCGGGCAGUGGACCAAGUUACUCUGCGUCAUCAAAGACACAAAAUUGCUGUGCUACAAAAGUUCCAAGGAUCAGCAGCCCCAGAUGGAACUGCCGCUCCAAGGUUGCAACAUUACAUACAUCCCGAAAGACAGCAAAAAGAAGAAGCAUGAACUGAAAAUCACCCAGCAGGGCACAGACCCACUUGUUCUUGCCGUCCAGAGUAAGGAGCAGGCUGAGCAAUGGCUGAAGGUGGUCAGAGAGAUCUACAGCGGCUGCAGCGGGCCCGCCGAGCCGGAGUGUCCUCCCCCAUCGAGCUCCCCGGUGCACAAGGUGGAACUGGAGAAGAAACUGUCUUCAGAGAGACCAAGUUCAGAUGGUGAGGGUGUUGCAGAAAAUGGAAUUGCUAUGUGUAAUGGAAAAGAACAAGUUAAGAGGAAAAAAAGUUCCAAAUCAGAGGCCAAGGGAACCGUGUCUAAAGUCACUGGGAAAAAAAUCACCAAGAUCAUCGGUUUGGGAAAGAAAAAGCCGUCGACGGAUGAGCAGACCUCCUCGGCAGAGGAAGACGUGCCGACGUGCGGCUACCUGAACGUGCUCUCCAACAGCCGCUGGCGGGAGCGCUGGUGCCGAGUCAAGGACAACAAGCUCAUCCUGCACAAGGACAGGGCCGACCUGAAGACGCACAUCGCCUCCAUCCCACUGCGCGGCUGCGAGGUCAUCCCGGGGCUGGACUCCAAGCACCCCCUGACCUUCCGGCUGCUUCGCAACGGCCAGGAGGUGGCCGUGCUGGAGGCAUCUUCUUCUGAAGACAUGGGCAGAUGGAUUGGGAUUUUGCUGGCCGAGACGGGGUCCUCGACAGACCCCGGGGCCUUGCACUACGACUACAUAGAUGUGGAGAUGUCGGCGAACGUCAUCCAGACGGCCAAGCAAACCUUCUGCUUCAUGAACCGGCGUGUUCUGUCCACUAACCCCUACGUGGGGAGCACCUCCAACGGCUAUGCUCACCCCAGCGGGACGGCCCUUCACUAUGAUGAUGUCCCCUGCAUCAGCGGCUCGUCGAAGGGUAAGAAGCCCCCCGUGGCCUCCAAUGGCAUUAUAGGCAAAGGCAAGGCUCCGAGCGGGCAGCAGAAAAAGGCUGACUCGGCGGCGGGCGUGAAGCGGACGCCUUCGAAUGCUGACCAGUACAAAUAUGGCAAGAACCGGGUGGAAGCAGACGCCAAGCGGCUGCAGGCCAAGGAGGAGGAGCUGCUGAAGAGGCGGGAGGGCCUCCGCGACAGGCUGGCCCAGCUGCGCAAGGAGAGGAAGGGGCUGAGGGCCGCCAUCGACGUGAACAGCGGCAGGAAGACCCAGGUGGUCCUGGAGGAGAAGCUGAAGAGGCUGGAGGAGGAGUGUAAGCAGAAGGAAACGGAGCGCGUCAACCUGGAGCUGGAGCUGACGGAGGUCAAAGAGAGCCUCAAGAAGGCGCUGGCUGGCGGCAUCACCCUGGGGCUGGCCAUCGAGCCCCGCUCAGGGACGUCCAGCCCGCAGUCUCCAGUUUUCAGGCAUCGGACUCUGGAGAACUCGCCCAUGUCCAGCUGUGAGACCAGCGACGCAGAGGGCCCGGUGCCCGUGAACAGUGCGGCCGUCCUGAAGAAGAGCCAGCCGGCCUCCGGCAACUCCCCGUGCCGGGGCCACGUGCUGCGGAAGGCCAAGGAAGCCAUCCUUCCAGAGUCAGAAACGGCGAAGAUCUGGUCUCUAGGCCCGCACCAUCUGUUGUCAGGAAAGCCUGCAGCUCUGGUUCUGUCUCCUGGCUUCUUCUGACUUGUGUCUUCAUUGAUAAAACAGAGAUUGGCCAGGUGACCAACGGGAUCUUUUUAAAAAAAAAGUAAAAAGGCGAGGCGUGAACUCUUCUCUAACCCCUCCCCUGGCCUCCCCACCCUCAUCCUGUAAACCUGUGCCCGCAGGGCCAUCCCGGCGUGCCUUUCAGUCUUUAGCUGGCACUGCCCACUGAAAAAUUUUGAUGCCAAACUUAAAAUCUCAGAAAAUUAAAGAAAAAAAAAGCUAUAGAUUUUCAAAGGAAGCAGUUUUGGAUGGUGUAGCUGGCCAUGUGUGCUGUGAGAGCAUCCUACUUGGUCCACUCACCCUACUUCAUCCAGAGGAGUUUCACUUGUCCUGACGAGCGUGGGGGCCGGCCGCCCUCCCCGCUCUCCCUCUGGGACCCUCUGUAUGCUGCCGUUACCCUUGUUCUCUGGCGGUUUUGGAGCCCAGUGUGGGUUGGCUGGGGAGGUACUGUUUUCUGGAAAGCGGACCUGGUGUUCGAUCAGAUCAGGAGUAAAGCGCUGGCCACACGCUGCCGUGUUCACGGGCCGGUCCCUGACGGUGACGGCUAUAAAUAGCAUCUGCAGUGUCUGCCUUCACAGCACAUGCAUUUGACUGAGCCUGUGUGUGUUGGUAAAUUUGGGGAAAAGGAUGAUUGUGCGCCAUUGGU